AUGAGAAUAAAAGAAACUUUCAUAUAUCUUCUUCAUUUGAUUAUUUCAAGCGAAGGAGCGGUUAAAGAGAACCGCUGUCCUGAUGAGGACUUGCAAACAGAAUGCAGUGGAUUCUGCAGAGUUGAUUAUAAUCGAUGUCGUCUUCUUUGCGAAACGGAAUACUGCCAGUCUAUCUGCGACAGAGAAUAUCAAAAUUGCCAAGACAAUUGUCCAUGCGGAGCAAAUUGUGAAGAAGGAUGCAAAGACUGUAACCAUCCUCUCUGCUCAUCAACAACUACUGUUUCGACAUGGACAACGACUUCACAAAAUAGCGACCCAAGCAAUGACUAUGUCUUGGUAAUUCCGACGUAUUCGGCUCAAUCAUACAUAUUUUCCGGCGAUGGAGAGGUAGCCAGGUCUGCUAGCAUUGAUGUUCCUCGUGAUGAUUAUGCGGCACUGAGCGACUUCGCUGUCGUGCGAGGAGAAUUCUAUAUUUUUGGUGGGGACACUGAUCAUCACAAGAUCGCGAAACUCGAAAACUGUCGAUUUUAUGAAAUGCCAACUAGACUUUUCUACGGAUACGAUGUUGCUUCUGCUGCAAUUGAUAUUGAUGGCGGUCAGCGAGGUUUCAAAUCAUUUAAAAAAAUCACUAACGAGUUGUAG